CUGUUUUUACUGAUUUUAUAGAAGAAAAUAAAAUGCAUUCCUCAUACUCUGAGACGGUCGGACAAAUUCUACCUGAAGGUAUUGAACGACAAUUACGUUCCCAAUUAAGAGCUUUACGGUUUGAACACCCACAAGAAUAUGCUAGAUUACAACAAUUAGAAGUUGGAAAAUUCUUAGCUUCAAAAUCUUUGCAUAAUUGGCUAAGUGAAUGGGAAUUGAGUAGAUGGGAUGGUGAAAGGAAAAAUAAUAAUGAACUGCUGUGUUUUAAUUUAAAUAAUAACAGAAAUAAUUUGUGGCAGAGAAGACAUCAAAGAAAUUUUAAGUCCGAUGUUGCUGUUCAAUGCGGUGUAAUUGAAGAAGAGCCGGAAAACAAUGUUGUGAACAAUAACAACAAUGAAGAAUAUUAUUACAACAACAACAAAAACAUUGUAAACAACCAAAACUUUAAUAAUUUUAACAACAACAACAAUGUUUAUAAUAAUUAUCGACUACCAACAUUCCAACAAAAACAUUAUUGGAAUUCCUUUCCUUCGCAAAUGGAUGCUAGUACAAACACUGCAACAACAACAGAAGAAACAAUAACAACAACGGGGACUGGUGGGACAAUGAAAGUGUAUAGACGGGCUUCCUAUUUGGAGGAAUAUGCAAUGAACAGAGUUCGCCAAUUAGAAGAAGAACGACUUGCAAAGGAAGCUAUUUUUAAUGAUAAUAAAAAAAUAAAAUGUUGUGGGAUUAAAUGUUGGAAGAAAUUGGGGUGUUUUUGUUGUUGUUUGGGUUGCUCUAGAAAGAAAAAGAAAUCUACAGGAAAUAAUAGCAACCCAACAACAGCUACCAGUACUAUAUCUUGUAAUAACACAAACAGCAUUCCUUCCAAAAAUCAGAAUUCUUCAAAAACAUCAACUUGUUCAAUGCAAAAUAUAGAGCAAUUAUCCACAUCCUUAAAUGGAAGAAAAAGAAAUUUAAAAAAUAAAUUAGAAAAAUAUGAAGGGACAAUAAAUAAUAGUAAUAAACCUGUUGUUGUUAAGUUUACUUUGAGUAGAUCUGGUGGAGGUUGUUAUAGAAAUGAGGGAAUGAGAAGUUUUGAUAGAGACGAAACAAACAAUUUUGAAGGUAAUGUUUAG